CUCCCGGAAGUGGGAGGUGUCUGCCCGAGUUUGUGUGGCUGCCGCCGCGGGAACGCGAGCCGGUAAUUUCUCGACGGAGAAAGGCGAGGUUUUCGAGCCUGGCCCAGAAAGAGUGAGCGAGUGUCGGUCUCCAGCAGCUCCCUUUUUACGUGACACCCAGCAUGGAGGAGGAGCAGAGCAAACAGCCUGGCGGCAAGGCCGUGGCUCCCGUGCGGCAGGAGCCGCCGCGGUCCGAGUCCGGGGAGGAGCCGCCGCCUCGGCAUCCCGAGAAAAAGCAACGAUGUAGAUACGAUGGCCAAGAAACAAAAGGAUCUAAGUUCAUUACCUCCAAUUCAAGUGAUUUCAGUGACCCAGUUUACAAAGAGAUUGCUAUUACGAAUGGUUGCAUUAAUAGAAUGAGUAAGGAAGAACUCAGAGCUAAACUUUCAGAAUUCAAACUUGAAACCAGAGGAGUAAAGGAUGUACUAAAGAAGAGGCUGAAAAAUUAUUAUAAGAAGCAGAAGUUGAUGUUGAAAGAGGACAAUUGUGCUGACAGUUACUAUGACUACAUUUGUAUUAUUGACUUUGAAGCCACUUGUGAAGAGGGUAACCCAACGGAGUUUAUACAUGAAAUAAUUGAAUUUCCUGUUGUUUUACUGAAUACUCAGACCUUAGAAAUAGAAGAUACGUUUCAGCAGUAUGUGAGACCAGAGGUUAACACACAGCUGUCUGAUUUCUGCAUCAAUCUAACUGGAAUUACUCAGGAUCAGGUAGACAGAGCUGAUACCUUCCCUCAGGUACUAAAAAAAGUAAUUGACUGGAUGAAAUUGAAGGAAUUAGGAACAAAGUAUAAGUAUUGCAUAUUAACAGAUGGUUCAUGGGAUAUGAGUAAGUUCCUGAACAUUCAGUGCCGGCUCAGCAGACUCAAAUAUCCUCCCUUUGCUAAAAAGUGGAUCAAUAUUCGAAAAUCAUAUGGAAACUUUUACAAGGUUCCUAGAAGCCAAACCAAAUUGACAAUAAUGCUUGAAAAACUAGGAAUGGAUUAUGAUGGGCGGCCUCACAGUGGUCUUGAUGACUCUAAGAACAUUGCCCGAAUAGCAGUUCGAAUGCUUCAGGAUGGAUGUGAACUCCGAAUCAAUGAGAAAAUGCAUGCAGGACAGCUAAUGAGUGUGUCCUCCUCAUUACCAAUAGAGGGUGCUCCACCUCCACAAAUGCCACAUUCUAGAAAAUAACAGCAUUUUUGCCUUUUUGCCCAUGGAUCAUUCACUCUAACUGGAGUUGCUACAAAGAGGGAGAAGAAUGUGGGAACUUCAAACAAGAACUUGACGAUGAUUCGAGAAAUUCAAGAAAGACGGAAAAUAUAAUAAAUAGGCCUUACAUCAAAUCACUUGCUUUAAAUCCCACAGUCCUUCUACAG